UUAAUUACUAAGUCGAGCCCCUUCCUUCGUCCCUUAACCUGUAAUUUUGUUUUUUUUUUCUAAUGACUGGGCAGCGAAAGACACCAUCACUUUCUGAGGUAAAGCAAAAUUCAGAUAAGGUUUUAGAUGAAAUUCCAAGAAAGCCUUCUUUAAACCACGUGGACACCACUGACAAGUCGAAACCAGUGAUCCCGGACGAUCUCAAAAUAGAAAAGAAUAACCAUGGCGAAGUCUUUAAAGAAAUAGAAGAAGGGAAGACAAACUUAAAAAAUACUGAAACCAAUGACAAAUCUAAGCCUGUUAUUCCUGACGACAUUGAGAUUAAGGAAAGUCCACACGGAAAGUUACUAAAGGAAAUAGAAAAACCACACGAUAUGAAUAAGGUUAAGGCUGGAGGGAAAGCCUAACCAAUCUCAAAAUCUGCUGUACUUUUUGGAGGAGUUAAGCCUAUAAUAAAUCAGUUAUUAUAAGUU